CCCGACACUGGGGCAGGGGGCGUGUCCUACGUCACCUAGGUAACAGGAUGCGACCCGCCCCCUGUAAGUACACAGAGCUCUGAGCGAGCAGACACUAUGACCAGUUCUCGGAGACACAAUCCUCAUAGUGUUAAACGCUGGCAGCUGGAAAGUAUGGGGAUCCAAGCUGGAGAGACAGACCUGUCUAUGAGAAACAGCACUCCGUUAGAUCAGACUAUGAGCAGUCAGACACGCUUUAGUUCCUGGACACCAAUGGCAAGCACAUCUUUCAACAAACAGCUCUUUCAUGAGAGGGUUAAUCUCAUAGGGCACUGGUAUGACUUAUGGACAGACAAGCAGCGCAAACAAUUUCUGCAUUCUAUUUUAACAAGGAGCAGCAGGUCACAGCUGAAAUUUGUAUGGAGUUGCUUUACUGAGGAGGUUCCUGUUGCCAAAUUAGACUUUACCACAGUUAUGCCCAGGUUUCUCUCUCUGUACAUUAUGUCCUUCCUCAGUCCUCAUGAACUUUGUUCGGCAGCACAGGUCAGCUGGCACUGGAAGUUCCUCUCUGAGCAGGAUUGUCUGUGGAUGCCGAAGUGCACAAAGUUUGGUUGGUUUUUGCCAUAUACUCCGCCAGACAAUGAGUACGGAGCCUGGAAGAGACACUAUAUUUCCUGUGCAUGUAGCCUAGAUUAUCUGACUCCGAGGGAAGCUGCUGAGACAUAUGGCACAUUAAACGACCCUAAGGAAGAUAAAGCAGAGCUUGAGGAAAGGCUGCAGGAGAAAUGGCUACGCAAGAUGCUUCGUGAAAGGCUGUCGCUGUAUAAGAGAGAGCUCAUUAAGACCAGACCUCCUUGGAUGAGUGGAGAAUGGAGAUCAGCUAUAAAAUCCAAAUUAGCAUUAUCAAACUCCAUGAGCCUCUCCGACCAGAGUGCUGUGCAGGCUACACUAUUACGGUUCAAGGGACAGAAAAAAGGCUCCGACAAGACUCUGACAAGUCAGCUGAAGGAGGAAGUCUACAACACACCAAGCUUCACGUUGGCUGUGGAAAAGGCGCUUGUCCAACAAUCAUUAGUCUCUUUGCCGAAAAGGCCAAGAGCAGCUGGAGAUAAUGCCCAUACAGCUACAUCUACCAGGCAACGUAGCAGUCUCCGCUAUCAGUAUACACAGCCCUGUAAUUCCAGUCACCUUCAUCUUGUGUUGAUAUCGUCCCACAUACCGGCCUAUGAGGUGGUUCUUGAUAGUGUAAAACCCGGUGUGAUUCCUGUCGUAUAUGACUUCAGUGGGAUGACGCCUGAAAGUCUACUCUUCUAUGUGGAGAAAGCGCUGGAUGGGCGUACCGCGCAGAGCAUUGGGCUGAUCACAGAUGGGGAUUCCCAGCAGAUACACUUAUUGCAGAGAGUCAUAAUCAAUUCUCAGAGCGUCCUAAGCCCUGACAUUAGAGAGUUUUGGGAAAAGCUGGGGAGCUGUGUGGUGCCAGAGAAAGAUGGUGGCCAUAUUGACGUAUUUGUCCCGCUGGCAUCUUCAGAGUCUGGAAUGGAAAUACUUGAGAAUCUGUCUCAGCUUGUUGGUGUCUUCUUCUGUUCCCCAACUGGAAUAGCCACAGGCUCUUACCAACAUAUUCUCAGUGAAUGGAGGACUGUACCUGGAAGGAAUGAAUCCCCUCCGCUUCUAUAUUUCUGUGAUGUGAAACUGCAGGCUUGGUGUAGACUGGCCAGUGUGAUGGAGGAUGCGCUGCACAUGAUCAGGAAGCAGAUGAAACUGUACGUCAGUGAUCUCCAGAGAAAUGUAUCUGGCAGGAUAAUAGGGCAGUUCAUGUAUGACGCCAUGCCUAUGGUAAAGGUCCAAACCAAUCAUGAAGUUGCUGAAGCUUUAACUGAGGCUUUGGUGGAGCUUUCUAAAGAGAAAAAUGAUCAUCCAUUGGAGUUUAUUUCUGGUUUUCUCCUAAAAAAAUGUAGCAGGAAGAAAGUGCUCUUGUUGUCAGAAGGAAAUACAGAAGACACACUAUCGGCAUUCCUGAAGCAGGAAGAUGCCGGUGACGACUCAUCUGAUAAAGCUUUUCUCUCUCAGCGUCACUCUGAAUCCAGGUUCCAGCAGCUGACAUUGCUGGAUAAUAAAUUAAUGGCUGAUCUAGGAGACAAGCGUUCAAGAUGUGCUCGAGAAAUCCUGAGGAGUGAGAGACAGUAUGUGCAAGCCCUAGAGAUUGUCAGAGAUGUGUAUGCUGCGCCGCUGAAAUCUGCACUUUCAUCAAACCGCGCCAUCCUAAGCAUCGCUAACAUGCAGAUCAUCUUCUCCGAUAUCCUCAGUAUUUUACAAGUCAACAACCAACUGUUGACAGAGUUGACAGAAAGGCUGCAGGAAUGGGGACUGCUGCAGUGCUUAGGAGAUGUUUUUCUGAAGUUCGGAUCACAGCUGAAGACAUACAACAAUUUUUUCAACAACUACACAGUGAUUCUAAAAACUAUUGACAAGUGCCGGGAAGCAAUGCCAAUUUUCAGAGCCUUCUUAAAAAGACAUGACCAGACUGUCCUAACUAAAAUGAUGAGUUUACAGGAGUUGUUGCUUUUCCCUUCUACCCGCUUUGAAGAGUAUGUCAAUCUUCUGUAUGCUCUUCGCCUACAUACACCUCCAGAGCAUCCUGAUCGUAAAGAUUUAAAUGCUGCCAUAGGACAAAUAAAACAGUACAAGGAUUAUAUUGUACAGCUGACGGCUAGUUUGGAGGAAGACGCUGAGCUGGCACACAUACAGAAACAUAUUCAGGGCUGCCCUAAUUUAGUAGAAGCCAAUAGACAUCUUAUUCGUGUGCAAGAUGUAUCUCUACUCAGCUGUACCAAUGAGGACAUUAGUGCAUCCCUAAGGAUCUACAACCACAUCAGUGACUUGAGCCUUUUUCUAUUAAACGAUGCUCUGGUGAUAUCCAGCCGGCAUAUAUCCUACAUACCCUUCAAACGCACAUCGAAGACCUCCCACCAAUUUAUGGCAUCAGUUUCCCUUCCACGAUUACUCAUAGAAGACAUUGCAGACACUAAAUAUGCAAAGAAUGCGUUUGUUCUACGAGGACCAAAGCGUCAGUGGAUCUGUUCUACUGUGACAGAAGAGGACAAGUUUACAUGGCUCUCAGCAAUUCAAAGAGCUAUCCAUGCCAGUAUUAAGUGAUACAUCAUACAAGAAUGCAUUGUUGGAAUAAUUUUCUAAUUUUUGCUAAAAUUAAACUAGAAACCAUUACAAUUAA